GAAGUUUAUUAGUGGGAAAGUUAAAAGACGGAGUAUUUUACAAGACAAUGAGAAUUUCAAGGAAUUGAACAUAAAAUAAAAUUAGCCAUUUUAAACUCGCAGUGGACUUUUACAAACAAACAGUCCCUAAAAUUGUACCACAACAAAGCAAGUCGAUUUGCUUUGCUUCUUUUUCUUCUUCUGCGAUCAAGAACAUGGACUACGAUUUCAGGAACAGAGCAAAUCCACCAUACGAUUCGCAGAUCCCGAUUUACAGGCCAACAACUUCAUCAUCAUCAUCAAGCCAUCCGAUGUACGGACCAUCGUCCCUCUACCCUAGGGUCGGACAAACCGGCCGCUCCUCCGUCAACGCUCCCCCCGGCCAUGCCUCUUCCUUUCAUCACAAUUCUCCAUCUUCUUCUUCUUCUUCUGGAUUAGGGAUUAGGGUUGCUAUAAAACCGGAAUAUCGCAUUACACCACCCCCUCAAAUGUCCCCACAACUUGGAGAAAUUCCCCGAAGCACUUUCCAGUUUGACUUCGAACUUGAAAGGAAGAUACUAGCUGAAGCAGAGAAGGAAAGCCAGAACUGGAGCAGGAUUGGGAUAGAAAACCAUUCGUCUAAACCUGCAGAAUCAACGUCUUCUUCGGGCUCCAGCACAAAUCCUGUUGUUAGCAAAUACAUAGCAUCGGGUCUCAGCAGAGAGGCUGUACCUCUUGCUGUAGCACAUUAUGGAGACAAUCCAACCAAGGUUAGGGAAUUUGUCAAUGGCUUUACCCUCUUGCAAGAAAUGGGAUUCUCAUCGAACAACGUUGCAGAAGCGUUGGUCAUGUAUGACAAUGAUACAGACAAGGCGCUGGCACACUUUCUCAACAGCUCGUCCUGAGGAUGCCUAGCACAUCCUUGGAUAUAGUAGUGAUAUGCUUAUUAUACAAACUGGUUUCAGAGUGCAUUAUAAAGUUUGGUCAUGUUAAUUGACUGUAAAAAAAAAGGAAAGGAAUUUCGAGCCUCAAAAUUGACAGUUGGCUUUAAUGCAUUCGUAACUCUUAGUGUUCUGAGUUGAACUUCAUCUGUUAUUGUCAGUUGAAUCUUAUUAGUAAUACUUUGCUUUAUGAUUUGUAUUUGGA